CGACUAGUUACAUAUUAAAAAUGUUAGAUGUAAUUAUCUGUAUACAGAUAAUCAAUUUUAAUUUUUGUAAAGGGAAGUGUCUGUGACCUAAAAAAUGAAUUGUCAUGACACUUUCCUUCACAAAAAUUAAAAUCAGUACUUGGACGAGUAAUCGGGUGUCCAUUCAGCGUGCAAUCCGACGUGUACAAGUAUCAUUUUUGAACCAAAAUAGAUGUUUGGUUUUGGAUUUUCAUUUCUAAAAAUUGAUCCAAAACGAAUAAAUCAUACUCCCUUCGUCCCUAAAAAAACUUGCAACUUUCCUUUUCCAUUCAUCCCAAAUAAAACUUCCACUUUCCUUUUUUGGUACAGAUUUUGUGGUUCACAACAUUUCUUACGCAUUUCUCUCUCCUCUGCACAACUCUCCACCAAACAAUACUCACUAUCUUAAAGUGUGUGCUCAACCUAUUUGGAAGUUUUAUUAGGAAUGGAGGAAAUACCUUUUAAAGUAUGCUAUAUAUGUGGCUUAUAUUAGGCAAAGCAAAUUCAACGUUGGAGCUACUAACCAAAUUAGUACUUCGUAUAUGGUAUACGUAUAUAUUUAUCUAAAAGAAGUCUUGUACUAAGUCUUGUGGAUUCUAUCCUCAAGAUCGUGUCUGACAGGAGGUCUUGUACUAAGUUUGAGAUGAAUAAGUCCCUUAUUGUUGUGUAUCAUGCUAAUUCUUUCGGGGCUUUUAUCCGAAUUGUUGAGAAGGGAGGUGAGUCAUUAUUUAUUCCUGAGGGACCGAAAUAGCCACGGGAUCAACAUUUUUCUUAGAGGGAUUUCACGAGCUAUGAUGUUGAUUAAUGCGGCCACUUCGAAAAAAUUGGCAAUUGAAGAUGAUUCAGGAGAGGUUUUUUCAAUUACAACGGAGAAAAGUAAUUUAGACUUUCUACCUUUCAAGGAGGAUUAUCCUCUCUCCUGUGAAAAUACGAUUUCCAUUUCGGGCGCUUUACUUCGGGCUGAUAUUGAGCAUCUUCAUUCAUUUGAUCAGUCCUUGGGUUUGGUUUCAAUCGAGGAUGUUCAAAAUAUUGAACAAAAAUCCGAGAUUGAUGAAUUUGCAAAUCUUAAAGAUUUUAUUCAGGUUGCUUUAACAAAUGGGGUGAAUUCACUUUCUCAGUUUCUUCUUUGUGAAUUUCAGAGGCUCCUUACCUCUUCUUUGGGUAACUUGACUUUGACACCCAUAGACGAAACAAAAGCUGAUAUGAAGAAAACAAGUAUUUCUAAGUCAGGUGAUAGACAUGUUCAUCCUGGAUGGGAAUUCCCAGAUCCUACUUAUGUAGAAGCUAUUGCUUGUGAGGGAUGUUAUGAUAUUCCGGACUUUUCAUAUUCGGGGGAUGAAUUUAUUGGACAUGUCUCAGAGAACGAGAAGAGGGUUCCAAUCUCGACAGAGAAGGAUCUUUGGGACUCAGAUACUAAUGAAGUUAUUUGCCAAAAAGCUCUGUUGGUUACACAAGAAAAUUGUUUGCCUACUCAAAAUCUGAACACACAAAAGGGAAUGUACAAAAAGAAGAAUCAACGAUCGCAUCUUAUGAGGACUAGGUCUCAAACACGAGUGGAGCUUUGAAGAUUAAACUGAGGGCUAUGUUGUUUCUUUUAGGGAGGGUUUUAUCGUUGAUCUUUGGGUUGGGGUUUAGGGACCUGUUUUCUUUUUGUUUGAUU